AUGGCCACUAUCGUAGAAUUCAUAUCCCGAAAGUACAAUAUCGAAAAUAUAAAUGAACUGACAAUAACGAAAUUGGUGGAAAUUCAACAUGAAUAUCUAAUUAGGCAGAUUGAAACUAAGCCAUUGCAUUCUUUUCUUUUCCAGUGUUUGAAGGACACUGAAGUUAAUGUUAAUGAAUCUGCAGGGUGGCUAGUUCAUGGAAACAACUCUGCAAGAACUGAAGGAAUGUGUUGUCUACUACAGGAUCAAAAUUUGUUUUUUGAUAACGGAGAAAAUAAAUGCAAUUCAGCAAAGAAGAUCGUUGAUCACCUUGCUACCAGAUGUGGACGAAUGCUGAACAGCUCUUAUCUAAGACGGCAUAAUGAAAUUGUCAAAUGUCUACAUUUGCAUUUAUGCCGCCAAUACGGAAUAAGAAAAACGAAGAAAUUAAAAACUCACUCAGUUCAAUCUGUUGUCGCCAAUGAAGUUGUGGAAAUUCGAGUGGACACAACUAUUACGGAUACGGCUGUUUCAAACGGUAAACCAGAUAUUUUUGUCCAUGACAAGGUGAGGAAUACAAUUACACUCAUUGAAGUUGGGAUUACCUCACAAAAUUGCCUAAAGCAAGUUGAAGUGGAAAAGUUCCACAAAUAUGACCUUUUGGCAAAUGAAUUAGGGGCGAUUCAUCUGGCUAAAGUGAAGAUAAUCCCUGUUGUACUUACUUGA